AUGGCACCAAUAAUUAACACAAGUGAGCUUAAAACAAACAGAACAAGACUUCAAGAUCCAGUAGAGGAAACUCAUAGAGAAAAUGGCAAUGAUUCAUCCAUCUUUACAUUAUCUAAGGAUUCUAAGUUACCAGAUAUAAUAAAUUCUAAUUCGAUAUGGGUAAACAACAUGAAUAAAUCGUAUCCAUUAUUAUUCCCUGAAUAUAAUGGUAAGGGACAAAAACCUCACACAUUAUUUAUUGGUUGUUCAGAUUCUCGUUAUAAUGAAUCAAUAUUAGGUGUAUUGCCCGGUGAAGUGUUUACUUGGAGAUCCAUUGCUAACCUUUGUCUCCCAGAUUGUAAUAUUUUUAAAUCCACUUUAGAGUAUGCUUUAUUAUGUUUGAAAGUUAACAAGAUCAUUAUCUGUGGGCAUACUGAUUGUGGUGGAAUAAUGACCUGCUUACGAAAUGAAAGAGAUUCUCUUUUGAAACAAGGUUGUUCCACAUUAUAUGAUUAUCUAGAGGAUGUGGAAAAUAUGUAUAAUGAUCAUUUAGAACAAGUGAAAAUAAUCAAAGGUGGUGAAUAUGAAAAGGGGAAAUAUUUGUCUACUAUCAAUCUGGUUAAACAGUUCGAUAGAAUUGUUAGUUACGAUAUUGUUCAAAAUGGUAUUAAGAAUAAUCAACUGGAAGUUUAUGGAUUGAUUUAUAACGUUCAUUCAGGGUUAGUUGAUGUUGUUGAAACCAAGACUUUAAAAAAUAUAUGA